UAGUAGGAUUCUUAGUUUCUUUUUCGGGUUUCGAAAUGAAAGAUUGCAUAAUCUAUGUAACCGUUUACUUACAUAAAAAAUAAUUUUAGUUCAUUUAGAUCAUAUACUUUGGGUCCUCUAACUGUGUAACGUAAUUGCGUUUCUAAUCGCUUUCCGUUGUUCGGCGAUCAAAGGUCAUUUUCACUUCCGGCUGCGGGUCUUGGGCUUCAAAAUGAGCGCAAGGAAUAUCGCUCGUUUUUGGGAAUGGGGAAGGAAGAUUAUCUGCGUCGGAAGAAACUAUGCAGACCAUGCCAUCGAGCUCAAAAACGCCAUUCCCACCGAACCUGUGCUGUUUCUGAAACCCCCAUCUGCUUAUAUUAGGGAAGGGUCUCCUAUUCUGGUUCCCUAUUACUCCAGCAACCUACACCAUGAAAUUGAGCUGGGGGUGGUGAUUGGUAAAGGGGGAACUGCAAUACCACAGUCUUCAGCCAUGGACCAUGUGGCAGGAUAUGUCUUGUGCUUGGACAUGACAGCCCGGGACAUUCAGGAGGAAUGUAAAUCAAAAGGUCUUCCAUGGACCCUGGCCAAAGCAUUCAACACCUCAUGUCCCAUUAGCGAGUUCAUCCCAAAGGAGAAGAUCCCAAACCCUGAGAGCGUCAAUCUGUGGUUGAAGGUGAACGAUAACAUGAGACAGAAUGGAAGCACAUCUCAGAUGAUCUUUUCUAUCCCGUUUCUCAUAAACUACAUCAGUCAGAUUAUAUCACUGGAAGAAGGUGAUCUUAUUCUCACCGGUACCCCUAAAGGAGUCUCUAGUGUUCAGGAACAAGAUGUACUGCAAGCAGGGAUUGAUGACAUUGUCACCAUGACAUUCAAAGUUGAUAGAAAAAGUUGAUUAUUUUAAUAUUUACACCUUUUGGUUUUAAAAUGGUACACAAGGAUCGUGCAAUUGUUGAUAUUUGGUUAUGCACCGAAAAUGCAAUUACAAAGAAGAAAUGUUUUUAAAUAAGUAAAAUCUUUUAAAUGGAAACAAUGUAUCCAAUAUAUGAAUUAUCAUUAAAUAAAAGAGUUUAUAUCACA